CGUCACCACUUGAUGGCGCUUGAGUGGUAAAAUCCCGAGGGUACGCGAAGGUGCUCGAAGCCGGCCAUGUUGGCUGCGAUUUCUCAGCCGUGCACCACGCUAAAAUUAGUGCACAAUUUAAACCAAAUUUGAACCCGAACAGGGUUCAAUAAAUCAACACCCAAAAGGAUUCUCUGCUUUUCUAUUGCACACCUAACUCCCUCAGUGGCGCCCAGACGUUUUGAACCACUAAGAUUGAGGACCUGAUGAACUCGGACCAGCUCGAACAGAGCGAGGGUGGUGACCAAAACCGUGCAGAGGCAGAGGACAAGACGACCGACGCAGACCGUGCAAAGGUAGAGGACAAGACGACCGACGCAGACCGUGCAAAGGCAGAGGACAAGACGACUGACGAGACAAUGUCGAAGGAAAAGAAAUUUGUCGCACCAAAGUGGACUCCGAAGAGGCCCAAGAAUUACUUCACCUUUCUGGAGAAGCAACUCAACAUUCAUAAAAUCACCGAUGAACCUCUUCGGGUGAGUGAGCUUCUCGGAAGCAUCCCUCUCGACGAGCUGGAGGACUCCGUGGUCCAGAAGAUGGCGGCCGUGAAGGAAACGGACGCAGGUGCAUUCCAGGCUCUCAAGGACAUUCUGCUGGAGGCUGCGGAACCUACCAAUCUAGAGAGAAUCAAGCUACUGUUGGCAGGAGAACCGCGAGGCACCUCCAAACCCUCGGAGUACUUGGCCAGGCUGCAAAGGUUGGCCAACGGGAACGGCAUUGAAUCUUCUUCCGACUUCAUGAACAGUUACGUGAAGGUGCUUUGGCUGCAAGGCCUCCCGGAGCCAAUGCAGAACACCUUGUUGGCCAUCGAAGACCUGAAUGUGGCCGCGAAGCGAGCAGAUGAGCUCAUUUCUUGGUUUGAGAUGCAGAAGAAAUCAGAAGGAGCGGCCGCCGCUUUCCUUCCACCAGCUCCAAAAGUGGCUGCUGUUGAACAAGCCCCAGACAGAAUUGCAAUUCUGGAAGGUCGAGUUGACAAGUUGAUUGACUUGGUUCAGGACAUCAAGAUCUCCACUGCUGCGGUCUCUUAUGAGCCUCGAGGACGUUCGAACUACCGAGGCGGCAACAACAACAACAACUUCCGUCGACGCUCUCGUUCCAACUCCACGGCUCAGAAGUUGAUGGCUGAUGGGAAGUGCUACUACCACUCCAAGUAUGCUGACGAGGCGUACAAGUGCGUCCCAGCUUGCAAGUUGUAUGCUGACUUUCAGAAGAAGCAAGCCGAUCCGGCAAAAAACUCGACGGGCAGGCUGCAGAAUUGAGUGCGG